CUGUGUUCUUUUCUUCCUCAUGGAACCUCUGCUAUUGCAAAAUCCCAUGAUUUAUGAAUAAUUUUUGUUGUAUAUUCGAUUCAAAGAUGCGAUUUUGUUUGACCCCAUUGCUGCCCUUUUUCGAAUAAAUCAAUGGGCUUGGUCAAAGUUUUUCCUUGAUUGCUGUUUGGAUUUUUUUUUAUUUUUUUUAUUUGGGGGGUUUUCAUUUUUGAAAUAUUUGGUUUGUCGAAUUUGUUUUGUUUGGAAUUUUUGAAGAAGUUCAACAUGGUUGAGGCAGUCUUGGAAUUUAGAGUUUAGGAAUGAAUGAAGAAGCCGUUUUGAAGCAUCGACGUAAAGAUGGGGUCUAUUGUAUUUCUUUUGUAGAGACCACAUGUACAUUGAGACAAUCAUGGUCGAACUGGUAGGAUUAUUGUAAACAGCUAUAGUCUCCCUCCAUGUCUUUCAUUGCACACGCAGAACUCGAACUUGAGAUAAUUAAUUAAGCUGCAACUUUCGUACCGGUUGAUCCACGAGCUCUGUGGUUGGGGUCUAUUGUAUUUGUUCUUGUGACUUAGGACUGCAUCUCUUAUGCAUAUCUGUCUCUGGAUUCUGCCGGUUGGAAAGGAAUUUAUUUCACUCUGGCCGCUAUAACAGAGUCAAAUUAUUCUCGCACCUCUAGGAGGGUGUGGGGUGACGAAGAGGGAGUGAUUUGGCUUUGUGUUUUGCGAAGAUCAAAGUCUUCGGAUAUAUGGAGAUUGUGCCGUGUUUCAGUGGGCUUGUCGCUUGAUUAUGGCUAAGGGUGGCUUUUGCGGUUUUGCCAGAAGCUCUUUCUAGUUUGCCACUGAAUCUGAGAGCAAAUUUAGUCCUUGAUUAGGCUUCUGGAAAAUUGAUGCAUGGUAUAGAUUGUAAUUGGUAUUUGUUUUUCGCCUUAGAGAAAGUUGUGUUUAGAUGUAGCUGUGAACGUCAUUGCAGCAAUGUUUAGAUUUUCUUGUUUCCAUGCUAAUGUACACAGCAAUAAAACAAAGAAAACAGUUCAACCUUCUACUGAAGUAAUGUUGAAGACUUGUGAAGAUGUUGCCCAAAAUCAACGCCGUAAAGAUUCAUCUAAUCCUCCAAGCGCAUAUUCACCCCUUCUGAAAGAACAAGCAGACCAGCAAAUAGAUGUGACUGGGAUUCAUAUUAGCAAUUGGGAUUCAGUUGAGCGCAGUUGUAGGUCAGAGGAUAUGAGUAGCAAAUGUUCCUUUGAAAAUGACAGUCAAGUUAACCAAUCUAGGCCUCUUAUAAAGAAGAGUCAGUCUCUUCAAAGUGUGCUUGAUCAAGGCAUAAGGGAUGGUGAUGAAGAUAUGGGGCUGUCGUGUGGUGAUGCCAAAAGCCCAGUUGAGUCAAAGAUGUCAACUUCCAAAAAGUAUCAUAAUGGAAACCCUGUUGAUCAGUAUGGAAGUAAUCCAAACGUUGAGUUUGCUGCCAGUUCAGGUUUUGCAAAUGAUGCCUCGCUUUUUUCAAUUGGAGACCCAACACCUUCAGAUAAAGACGCCCGUGAAAUUUCUGACACUCCUUUAUCUGGUGAAUAUGUUGGUGACAUUCCUGACCAAACUUCUGUUCCUGGUAGUGUAUCCCUACGGAAGUCACAUUCUUCACCCAAUAUCAGAGCUUCUAUACUUUCUGCUGAAAAAGAUGCUUUUAGACGUGCAUUAUCAAGAUCCUGUGAUGAUCUUCAUGCUUUAAGCAUGAGGCACAAAGAGGAAUUCAUCAACGACUUUAAUGAUCAAAUAAGGGGAGAUCAAGAAAGAGAGAAUGACAUGGGAAAAACUGAAGAUGGUCAUAUGGACAACCUCUUUGAUGAUGGUUUCGAUUCUUAUCUGCUUACUGGUUCAGCAAAAGACUGGGUAAUGCCAUUGACAUAUGAUACAAGUGAUUCCAAAACCCUUCAAGGAGAUUCCUCUGUUGAAUUUCCUAACAAGGAUUUCAAGAUUAAACGCAUUGAAGAUUGGGUUAUUGGUCUGCAGCAUUGUGGACCACCCGUAGAGGAAACAAAUGAAGAACUGCCUGAAGUUGUUAAGCCUUUAGCUGAUGUUAACACAGUAAAUGGUGUAACUGUUGCCAUUGCAGAUCAUAAGGCCACUCCAGGAAUGGAUGCAGCUAAAAGAUAUAUAUCUUCUCUGGGGCCUAAUGCCACUACCGCUCAGCUGGCUAAUCAUGGGUUGGUUGUGAUCCCCUUUUUGAGUGCAUUCGUGAGUUUGAAAGUGCUCAAUCUGUCUGGAAAUGCUAUCGUGAGGAUAACUGCUGGUGCUCUUCCCCGUGGACUUCACGCACUGAAUUUGUCUAGAAACAAGAUCUCCACUAUAGAAGGAUUACGCGAACUUACAAGGCUUCGUGUCCUAGACCUCAGUUACAACCGUAUAUUAAGAAUUGGACAUGGCCUUGCAUCCUGCUCAUCUCUGAAAGAGUUGUACCUCGCUGGAAACAAGAUCAGCGAAGUGGAGGGUCUGCACCGUCUCUUAAAAUUAAGCAUCCUGGAUCUCCGUUUUAACAAGAUUUCAACAGCCAAAUGUCUGGGCCAACUUGCAGCCAACUAUAACUCUUUGCAAGCCAUCAACUUGGAUGGGAACCCUGCCCAGAAAAAUGUUGGAGAUGAACAGAUGAAGAAAUAUCUGCAGGGCCUUCUACCCCAUCUCGUCUACUACAAUCGGCAACCAAUAAAAGUGAGCACUUUGAAGGAUGGAGCAGAACGGUCGGUUCGGCUAGGAAUGAAUUCCCAUCAGUUUGAUCGCAGCCUUAGGUCGGAUCGCAAGACCACAAGGAAGAGCAGCCAAGGUGGUGUUGGCUCACGGAGGUCAGUGGCCACUUCCACUCAUGUUCGCAGAAACGUGGAUUCACCAAAAGUAUCCAGAGGCAAGCAAGCUCACCUGCCACCAUCUAGAACCAAAGUACCAACCCACACUCGCCAUCAGUUUGAAGCUCCCACCAAAGUAUUGAACGUGACCUCAAAUCUCUCCAUGCGCAAGAGUCGCAGCGAGGGAAAUUUUGGAGCUCUGUGAGAGGCUGUUAAGUACAAAGCUCAUUCCUUUACUGCAUUGUUUCAGUAUGCAUCUGUUUGCCUUGGUAUGUUGUAUUCUUUUCAUGCUUUCGGUUUUCACAGUUCAUCCCUUCUGUUUUUGGUGCACUAUUGAUUUGUGGGUUGUAAUGCCCAAUAAGCUGCUGCUUUCUGUCACAGUAUUUCUAUUCCAUUAUGUGUUGUGUUUUGUUCGUUAAGAACAUCAUUUUCAAUUUGUCUAGAGAACAAGUUUGGUGCGAUUGCAAUAAAUUUCCUCUUUGGAAGGAUGGUUUGUCACUUCCAUGAUUUUGUUAUGUGGGGUUGAUGUGCUCCUUACUGAUAUUAGGAUUAAACAACUGUAUCUUAUCUGGACCAGUGUAAUUAAACCAAGUUACUAGGCCUUGGCCCCACUUAUUUAGUGCAGAUUAUUUAUUUGAA